AUGGGUGACAAUCGCUGGGGGAGUAGGCGUGGCAGGGUUUCAUCAAGAAACAUACCUAGCCUUCUAGAGGAUCUGCCUCCAGUUGGAUAUCACUACCCAGAGCAGCUUGAAAUGAGAAAGGGCCUGCCGCCAAAUCAACCAUGGCAAAAUGAGAGAUGGAGAGAUGAAAGAGGUUAUCCAAGUGACGGUGGUCUAAUGUGGGAUGGUGGACGUAGGGAGACAUGUAGAGAAUUUAGAGAUGGUCCUUGGUACAAUCCGGUAUUGGAAGGAAUGGAUGAUCCAAGAUACUAUCGAAACAGAGAUGAUGACAGGUAUUACUCAUCAAGGGACUCUCCCAGACUGUACCCUAAUGAUCAGUUUUCACCUGGCUAUGCUCCAGGUCCCAGACAAAGAGAUUCUUUUGAAGGUGAUUCAGGGUUUCAGCCAAGAUAUGAUGAUCAUCAACCUGAUCUUAGAGAUAGAAUCACUAGACGUAACAGUAACUCAUCACAUCCAAGCCAUAAUAAUAAUGGUCAACAAAAAAUGAAAAAUGUAGUUGGAACAUAUUCUGGAGGAAGCAGGCCUGAAGGUUGUGGCAGCAGUAGCCAGAGACGUACUCCUCCUAGCAGGGAGGACGAAGGAAGAAGAACAUCACUGGAAACAACAAAGAGAGAUGCCAAAGACAAAUCACUGCCAAAAAAUGGUCCUUCUUCAGAGAGUCCAAGUGGGAAAAGUGGUAGGAAGAGUAAGCCACGAAAACUAACACGAUCUGAAGAAAAGAAGAAAGAUGACUCUAACAGUGGGGAUGCUGGUACAAAGGGCAAUGAGCUGGAAAGAAAGAAACGGCAGGAGACUGCAGUGAUAGAUAAAGGAAAAAGUGGAACUGAAUCUGCAUCUGCAUCAGCCUCACAUCGAUCUGUUGUUGCUGAUGAAAAAAGUAAAAGCGCAGGAGAUAAAUCACAUAUGCAGCCCAGUAACUCAUUAAGUGAAGGUACAGCAUCAAGCAUCAAACACAUGGCAGAUCCCAAAGAGAAUACCUCUUCAACAUCUAAAAGCAGCCUACGUUCAUCUGCUAAAAGAAAUUCCCUUUCAUCAGUCAAAGGAGUCCCCUCUCCACCAGGGAAAAAGGGUUCCACCUCAGCAUCUAAAAAGGAUUUCUCUUCACCAACUAAGGGAGAACCUCCCUCUCCAUCUAAAGGAACCCCACCUUCAUGGACGAAAAGGAAUUCCGCUUCACCCAGUAAAAGGGAUUCCACAUCAACGUCUAAAAGAGAUUCUUCUUCAUCAACCCCACCUUCAUCCACCAAAGAAAAUUCCACUUCAUUGGCAAAAGAGGAGUCCUCAUCAUCAACCAAAGAAGUGUCCUCGUUAUCAAAUAAAGGGGAUUCCUCGUCAUCAGCCAAGGGAGAUAUCUCUUCAUCCAUCAAAGGCGAUUUCGUAUCAACAGCUAAAAGUAAUUCCUCUUCAACAGUCCAGGGUGAGUCCUCUCUGACAGUCAAGGAUAACUCAUCAUCAUUGUCUAAAAAGAGUGUGGCUUCAUUAGCCAGAGGGGUUUCUUCUUCAUUAGCCACAGGGGAUUCAGUGCCAACCCUUGGUGGAAGUUCUCUGAUAACAGCUAUGGAGAAGAAAGACCCUGGAAAAGAUUCAACCAUACAAAGAGAUUCCUUGAGCUCUCUGAAGGAUAAAGUUAAAUUAACAGCAGUCUCAUCAAAGAGGGAAGGUGAACUCAUUUUACCAUUUCCAGAAAAAGAAACUCUAGUUGUGUCACUUGAUGUUAAAAACAUGCUUUCUCAGGAGGGAGUGAACACAUUGCCAGUACUUAGUGACAAAAGUAAGGAUAUGCCAUUGCCGAAAAUGGGGGAAGUUUCUUUGCCAUCAACAGGGGGAAAAAAUGAUCAGGCCUCCUCGGCGUCCUCGUUCAGCAGAGAUACCAGUUCCUCGUCAGCAACGAAUGGAAAAGAGAAAACAGCUGAUAACCGGGCUGCCAACAUCUCAGCUGAAAGUAAACAAAAUGAUUUAACAAGGUCUUCAGCUGCAAGUGCGUUUGUGGGUUCACUACCAUGGGGAAAGAGAGAGGAAGAACUCAGAGCCUUGCUUGGGAUAAAGAAAGAACCAAAAGAUGAGGAGUCAAAUCAAGUGUCAGCAGAGAGUCAGACAAACCGUCCUGUUUCCAGUAGCAGUAUAUUAUCUACAGGGCACAGCCUGACCUGCGGGUCAAACAAGUCCUCCUCCCCAAGACAUGUUCCAGUUGUCUCCCAGUUGUCGUUGUCUCGGCCGCAGUGCAGUUUUGUUCAUAUUGAUGGUGUGCAGUGUGGUGCUGUGACAUGGAACAAGUACUGUUCAUAUCACCAGCGUGUGUUUAAUAGCGAGGAACAAAGCCACGAACAAAGCCUUGUCUCGGAAGGAAGCCAGCUGACAAGGACUGACACAGGCGAGUCUAGUAAAUCCCCCAGGGGGAUUGGUCGACCUGGGAUUUCACAAAUCUUCAAACCGACCACCCCACCUUUCGAUCCUCCCAAACGUUUUAGGGUGGAUGGGAGAGUGGACGCCAUUAGUGGUGUUAACACCGAUCAAAGCCUUUUGUCUUACAACAAAAACGAUCGUCAACUGGAAGGACAGACGGAAAAUGGUAGGGAGAAUGAGGAAAUCGAUCUUAGCUCUACGGUGUCCUACAAAGCACUGGGAGCUGCCGGGGGUCCUCACAGAAGCAUCGAUCUCAGUACCACAGUGAGAGGUGCCACAAGGAGCUUGCUCCUGAGUGGUCCUUCGAAGGAUGUCAACAGUGAGCCCAGAAUUGAGUUAAGCAGCACGGUACCAAACCUAGGACGGACGUCAGAGCCUCAUGGUGCAACACUUGGCAGUAACAAGAUCGAUCAAGGUAUUGAUUUGAGCGGUACUGUACCAAACCUUGAAGAGCUGUUGGCGCUUCAUGAGUCAUCUGCAGACAAGGCAAGUGGUCCCAAAUUUGACCCAAGCAAAAAUGUGCUACAACAAGGAAAAUCUUGGAAUCAUCAGGGCUCGUCAGUGGAUAGAGGGCCAAACAUUGACCUCGGUGCAACGGUACCUUUUCGUCCAAGGGCAAGACAUCUGAGUGGCUCAUCUGUAGCGAGUGAUAAUGCCCCAAGUAUUGAUCUGAACGAAACAGUUUCUCAACCUGGAAGAUCUCGAACUCCUCUGGAUACCGACCUUAAAGAUGCGCACUCGGCAAACUUGGAAAGAUUUGUCGGCCAACCUGCUACAGCUAGUUCCGGUAUACCGCAUUUAAAAGAUGACGGUUCUCAGAAGCGUUCAUUAACAACACGUCCUCAUCGAGAGAGUUCAAGUGCGUCGCCAACACCAAAUAUAAAAACAGAAAUGAUAGACUUAAACUUCAGUACCAAGCUUCUGGGCGUGCCACAUUCUGUGGUCACGCCUUUCCACACCAGCGUCCCUUCACCAAAAAAAACAACAAGAGAAAUAACCAAAUCUCCCUCCGAGUUUUCCACCCAUUCAUCAAUUGCAGCUUCGCCUCGAAACUAUGCGCCAUCGUCACCUCAAAGCCGCAGAGUGUCUACAUCACCCAUGGCAGGUGAGCAAUCCCCGGCUUCUACGGUCUCCCUACCCAACCUCUCUCUUGAUCUUUCCAGGUUCAACCUCCCUCCAGCUGUGCGUAAAGCACUGGCGGAGCGGUACAGUGGUAGGAAAGUUCCCAGUGUUACCAGCGGUCAGUCAGCUGAACUUCCUGAAGGUCGCAGGUCCCAGCCGCUCAUCACAGACCAUACCAGGAAUGAGGUUCCGAAUGAACAGGGAAAGAAGCUGUCUCCCUUACCAGCACGACUCCGGGGUAGAGGACAGCGGAGUGUUAGCUUAGACUCGCCUAUGGUAAGGAAAGAGAAUUUGCACGGUGUAGACACACCUCGAUCAGUUCUUCUAGAAAGAGGAAAUAUUUAUGAUACAAACCGAUUUCUCAGCCGACCGUUGAGGCAGACAAGCGAAGGACAUAAUCAGACAGGUCUGAGUGCGUCUGAGCGUACUUACGAGGGCUUGGUCGCGAGGUCGAAUAAUGUAGCCCCUACAAGGGUACCUUCCACGUUUAAGCCCGUCCAAGACAACUCAAACGAACUUCAAAGUCGCGGCCUUAUCGAUUUAAGCUCGACGUCUUACCUUCAAGGAUUGUCAGUGCCCCCGUCUAUCCAGGGGAGACCGACCGAAGGGACGCGAACGACUAUUGACAACCCACGAUCACCUGCUAGACCUUCAGUGCUCCAAAGUCGAGGUUUAAUCGAUUUGAAUACCACUAGCACCGAUUUUGGCUCUCGGAACGUAGCCAUAGAAACUCCCGAGGCCUUUUCGGUGAUUAAACGCAAGCGAGAAAGUUCCUUUGAAGGAUCGGAAACGUCAAGUUUAGGCACUGAAACGCUCGUAAAAAGACUGAAGCAAGACGACUCGAGCGCAGGAGACACAAUUGUUACAUACCGAUCUGGAAUAAAUGUACAACAGUUGUUGACCAUUGAGCGCGACGAACAAGAUCAGUUACAGAAUUUGCACAAGGUGCAAUCUAGAUUAAAAUCUGUCCGCGCACAAAUUCAGAAAUUAUGUACCGAGCUGGACUCGCUGAGCAGCGAGGAACAAAGAAUCACACUCAAAAUGGGAGAACUGCGGAAUUUGCGGUUAAGUAUUCUCGAAAACGCUUGUUAUGACAGACAAGAACAGGUGGCUAGGCUUGAGGCUGUAACAAGAGAAUCCAGCACUUCUACCGUUGAUGAUAACACAACUGCUCCAGUUUCAGGUGGGCCUGUGGAAGGCGACUUCUUGGAAUAUGACCACAGGAAGGUUGAUACUCACAGUAAUUCUUCUUCUCCACCAACUCAUUCGCAUAACGUUACUUCACAUGCAACGGAACGUAACGAUGACGUUACUUUACGUGCAACGGGACGUAACGAUCCCGUUACUUCACGAGCAGCGGGAAGUAAUGAUGGUUAUUACGCCGAUGAUACAGAAGACGAUAAAAUGGCUAUUGAGUUUGAUGAUGAUGGAACGUCCCAUGGAGGUAUUUUUUCCACUGAAGACCCGUUGAGUGCGAGUAGAUCGAGUGAUAAUCCAAUGUUGGAAUCGCGUGUUUCUGUUGGAACUGCAACAAAGUUUGUUUCAAGAGACCAGCCUUUGCACAACUAUCAACCUCGUGAGAAAGAAAAGCUUAACGUGGCAUCCAAGCGAUCAUCGCACAGAAGAGAAUCAUACAACGAUGUGGACUUAUAUCGAGGGACGAAUAAUGUCGUACAGGCUUCCAGGGCGCCAAUCAGCGAAAAUACGACGUCUAGAGAACUUGCUGCGCAUCAAGAUAGUGACCCGAGCAUUUUUGAUGGGGUCUCAGAGCGCUGUCAUGCUAGUGUUCCAGGGACAUUUGGAGGACCGACCGGGCAGAAGCAAAAUGAUUCAAGCAGAGGUAACGAAACGAGGAAAGAUUUCAUGAAGAAAAUGAAAAAUGUGAAUUUGCUAGAAAAAGUGCCCCUUAGGAAAAAGAGCUUUUCGGAUGUGAAUGUUUCCAAGACCAUAGAGGCGAGCAGAAAGAAAAUACAGUCAACACGAGAAAACAUGAAACGUUGGAGGGAACAAGAACUUGGAGUAGAUUUGCUCGGGUCAAAGGAGGAUCAAAAGAAAAAACGUGGUAGUUCAUCUAGUACAGAAAGCCUCGAGAAUACUUUGGAAAAAUCUGGACCUUCACCCGUGAAAUUUCCAGUUCGCGAUAAAACUUCGAAUAGAAAGACAACAAAAGAGUUGAAAAAAUCGAGUCUUUUCCAUUCCGGUAAGAAAGCUUCCAAAGAGGCGCGAAGAAACAGGGUUGAUAAAUCCCAAUGGAAAAACAAAGAGAAGUUCAAACUAGCAGAAGUGGUUCCUUCUAAAAGACGUAAGAUCAACAAUACUUCGUGUAAUAAACCGUCUAAUGUCUCUUCCAAGGAGAAAACAUCAGCCAACGAAAAGGACCAAGUUGUUAGUGCCGCGGCUCACACGACCACAACUGACCUAGGAGGAUCUGGAACUGAAGAACGGAGCAGUGCAGAAGACGAGAUUCCAACACGAGAUGUGGACGGCCCGUCUGGAAACACAUCCAAUACUACCUCUAGUCGAGCGAGCCAUCUACAAAUUCCUUCUUCCACUGUGGAGUCUCUGAAGAGGAACAUACAGAAUUCAAAAGAAGGCAGACAGCACCGCGGUCCAUUGCCGAAUAAGUUCAGUGGUCAUACAGGAGCUGUGUGUGGUCUAAAGGUGCACAAUGGUCAUCUGUUUACAUGUUCAGCUGAUAAAACCACAAGGUCAUUCAACAUUCAGACAGGACAAUGCGUUAAAGCGUACCAAGGACAUCAUCAAGCCGUCAACUGUAUCGAGGUUUGUAAAGCUUUACUUUUUACUUUUAAACAGUUUUCUUUUUCCUUUUUUGCCGGGGGCAUCAACUUCAACAUCAGCCUGAGAAAAUUUGUUUCUCGAGAAGAUCGUUUAUUCGACAGAAACGUUCCCGUGGCCAUGAUGUCGUGCAAUAACAAAUGCCUCGAGCGCCUUCACUGCCACGAGCCUCGUGGAGUCAGUUGCCUGACCACAGCCAGCGAGGGACAACGAAAGCUUCUGUGUUCUGGUUCUUUCGACUCGACAGUCGCCAUCAGGGAUUGUAAGUCUGGUCUACUCCUCCGAACAAUCAGCGAUCACAACAUGACAGUGUUAUGUCUUCAGGUUGUGGAAAAUAUUUUGUACAGUGGAUCCGCUGAUAUGAAAGUGCAGGCUCAUGAUUUGAAUAGUGGAGAACUUGUAAGAUCCUUUGAAGGCCACACUAUGAGUGUCAGCGGUCUGCAGAUUGUGGGCAGUGUGCUUGUGACGUCAUGCCUAGACAAACUUAUUCGUUGCUAUGAUCUUGUGACAGCAGAACUCCUUCAAGUGUACGGUGGACACAUGGACAUGAUUUUCUCAGUGCAUGUGAACAAUGGAAGAAUUUACAGCGGGGCUCGGGACGGGUCUGUUGUGUCGUCUAAACUGGAUUUACGGGUUUAUCACCCGUGUAAGUGGAGAGAGUGUAAGCUCAACUUUGGCGUUGUCUCUCACCUGAAGAAUCAUCUACGAGAUUAUCACGUGAUGGAGCAAGGUACCGUAGAAGCCUGCCAUUGGGCCAAUUGUGGGCACAAGUUCUCCGCGGAUGACGACAUUUCGGUUGUCCUCAAGCACGUGUUGGGUCACGUGGUCACACGAACAGCUAGGAAAUCAGCUACUUGAUAUCGACGUCUCAUCGAUUUUAAUUUUUUCACUGCAUUGGGAGAUGAACGAAACCUUGUGAGGUUGAGCGUACUUCGUUUUCGAAGCAUUACAACCCUAAAGUUCUGUAGUAAAAAUUUAAUAUUUGAACAAGAGAUUGGUCUUAUAUUUGAACUAAACCUCGCAUCCGCAGCAGUGAUCUAGAAAAUGGAGUCUCUCCUCUCCGAUUCCCGCCUCGCUGUUCUUGCCCUAUAUGGUAUAAUUUCUUUAGCGCAAAGUUCCGCUCACGAAAAAUAGUGUUUACUGGAAAGAUCAUCGUUUUUGUUUUUAUCGAUGUUACCACUUUUGCAAUAAAAGCGAGCCUCUUUUCUGCUCACAGCAGUUACCCGGGUGAUAGUGUAGAUAUAUCUCAUUCUUUUAAGUAUCCUUGGUGAUUCUGAAUGAGACAACGUAACAUUUGGGCAAAAACUUUGAAUUUACAUAGAAGGAUUGAAUUCUAAAUGUCACUAAGUCUGGGAUUAAAAAGUCCUUUUCGA